GCAUUUUGCUGGCUCUUUUUCGCCGUAUCACAACCACCACCUUCUUCUCCUCUUCUCUGAUCGCCGCCGUCAAGCUCCCCUCCCGAAUCUCCGGUUUUGAGUUUUUUUCUUCUUCUUGGAGAAUGGUGUUUUUCCGGAGCGUAACGGCCUUUACUAGGCUGAGGUCUCGCGUUGGGCAACAAUCUUCGCUCAGCAAUUCCGUUAGAUGGAUCCAGAUGCAGAGCUCCACCGAUAUGGACCUCAAGUCGCAGCUGCAAGAGUUGAUUCCUGAACAACAGGACCGUCUGAAGAAACUGAAAUCAGAACAUGGGAAGGUCCAACUGGGAAACAUCACUGUUGAUAUGGUGAUUGGUGGGAUGAGAGGGAUGACUGGAUUGCUCUGGGAAACCUCAUUGCUUGACCCGGAAGAGGGAAUACGCUUUAGGGGUUUGUCAAUUCCUGAGUGCCAGAAAGUAUUACCUGCCGCCCAGUCCGGAGGAGAACCAUUGCCCGAGGGUCUUUUGUGGCUUCUUUUAACUGGAAAGGUCCCUAGCAAAGAGCAAGUUGAAGCACUGUCAAAAGACUUGGCAAGCCGUGCUGCUGUGCCAGAUUAUGUGUACAAUGCCAUCGAUGCUCUGCCUUCCACAGCUCACCCAAUGACUCAAUUUGCUAACGGUGUUAUGGCUCUGCAGGUGCAAAGUGAGUUCCAAAAGGCAUAUGAGAAUGGAAUUCACAAGUCAAAGUUCUGGGAGCCAACAUACGAGGAUUGCCUCAACCUGAUUGCUCGUGUUCCUGUCGUAGCUGCAUAUGUAUAUCGGAGGAUGUAUAAGAAUGGUGAUUCCAUUCCCUCAGAUAAGUCUUUGGAUUAUGGUGCAAAUUUUUCCCACAUGUUGGGAUUUGAUGAUGAUAAAAUGAAAGAGCUCAUGAGGCUUUACAUCACUAUCCACAGUGAUCAUGAAGGUGGAAACGUUAGUGCUCACACUGGUCACCUGGUCGGUAGUGCACUUUCAGAUCCGUAUCUGUCAUUUGCAGCUGCAUUAAACGGUUUAGCUGGGCCACUCCAUGGUUUGGCUAAUCAGGAAGUUUUACUUUGGAUCAAAUCAGUUGUCGAGGAAUGUGGAGAAAACAUUUCGAAAGACCAGUUGAAAGAAUAUGUCUGGAAAACACUGAACAGUGGCAAGGUUGUUCCCGGAUAUGGACAUGGUGUUCUUCGCAAAACAGAUCCAAGAUAUGUAUGCCAAAGAGAAUUUGCCUUGAAGCAUUUACCUGAUGACCCUCUUUUCCAGCUGGUCUCAAAGCUAUAUGAAGUUGUACCUCCUGUUCUUACUGAACUUGGAAAGGUGAAGAACCCAUGGCCAAAUGUUGAUGCUCACAGUGGAGUGUUGCUCAACCACUAUGGUCUAACCGAAGCAAGGUACUACACCGUGCUCUUUGGUGUCUCAAGGAGUCUUGGAAUAUGCUCUCAGCUAAUAUGGGACAGAGCUCUUGGACUGGCACUAGAGAGGCCAAAGAGUGUUACAAUGGACUGGCUUGACGCCGUCUGUAAGAAAGCUUCAUCUGCUUAAAGCCCACCACUCACUCACUCUCUUGGUGUUCCUUUUGUCUUCCUUCCAGACUGAAUAGCCUUUCUACUGACACAGAAGAAAGAAAUCAUUUUCAUGUAGAAAUUGUUCUUUCUGAGAUUUUUAAUUUCCCUGCAGAAAACACUUGCAGUGUGCAAAUUUGCAUUCUGAUAAUAAAUAAACACUUGUAUUCAA